CGACUUCCGGCGCAGGUACGGGUCGGCGCACGCGGCCGCGAGCCGGUUGACUUUGCGGAGCCAUGGAUGGCUUCAGCUCGGACUUCGGCGGCUCCGGCGGCGGCAAGCUGGACCCCGGGCUCAUCAUGGAGCAGGUGAAGGUGCAAAUCGCCGUGGCCAACGCGCAGGAGCUGCUGCAGAGGAUGACGGACAAGUGCUUCCGGAAGUGCAUCGGGAAGCCGGGGGGCUCUCUGGACAAUUCGGAGCAGAAAUGCAUCGCCAUGUGCAUGGACCGCUACAUGGACGCCUGGAACACCGUAUCCCGCGCCUACAACUCGCGGCUGCAGCGAGAACGAGCCAACAUGUGAUCGGGAAAUGCGGUGCCUGGCCGAGCCAGUGGGCCGCCCCCACCCGUGUUCGGUUUCCAUAAAUGUGCUUUGUGAGGCAGGGGCCAG